AUGGAGGUCACAUCUCUCUGCAUCAGACUGUGUUUUAGGCUUCCGCAGACGUUUCAGCCAUUUUAUAACAUCUAUCAAUAUCCAAGAGCAUCUCAAAUCCUUUUAUCUCUUUAUACCAGUCAUUAUAUCAUAAUUAAAAUUAGAAUUGUUUUUCAUAAAACAAAGCAUAAACAGUUCUCUUUCUCUGUCCCUCCAGUGUUGAAUGUGUUGUUGCUGCUGGCUGCACAUGGUCACCACAGUUAUGCUGAGAAAGGCGAUGCAGCUUUUCUUUCAAUCAUUCCCACCAGACUGCAGUUCUUUGAAUAUGAGUCGCUCUCUUUUACCUGUGAGGGGUUUACCGGCUCAGCUAAAUGGAGAGGGGUGAGGAACAUCAAGGGAUACAUCCCAACGUGUUCUAAUAGCACAGUGACCUCAACGGUGACCUGCACCAUUUCCAGUGCCUUUGAAACAGACAGCGGAGAAUACUGGUGUGAAGCUGAAGGAGGAGAGAGAAGCACCACUGUCAACAUCACUGUCACCGCUGGUUCAGUGAUCCUGGAGAGUCCUGCUCUUCCUGUGAUGGAGGGAGACGCUGUGACUCUGUGCUGCAGGAACAAUACGUCGUCCACCAACCUUCCAGCUGUCUUCUCUAAAGAUGGCCUCUUCAUUGGGAGCAGCUCUGCGGGUACCAUAACCAUCCACAGUGUCUACAAGUCUCAUGAAGGACUCUACAAGUGUAACAUCUCUGGAGUUGGAGAAUCAGCAGAAAGCUGGCUGGCUGUCAGAGCGCUUCACAAAGAGACUUUAAGGAUUGUUUUAACCGUAGUGACGGUGGCUCUGCUGCUGCUGCUGGUGGGACUGCUGAACUGCGGGAAACUCAGUCACAUCACAUGUCCCACAUAAAUAAGGAACCACUUGCGUAAGUGAGAGACACAAAUAUACUGUUUUACUUUUACUUAGAGAGAAACUCCCCAUUGACAUCAGGGCAGCUGAAAGUCUACACAUUUUCCGCCGCAGGUUAAAAACAGAUCUUUUCCGACUGCACCUUGGCUAAGAAGAUGAUGGUUAUUUAAAAAAAAUAAAAAAGAUUGCACUUACAUGUUGCACUUUGUAAUGUGGCUUGUUGAAGCUAAUGUACUUCUUCUAUGUGAUUAUUGCUGUUCUGAGUUUGUACAUUAAUGAUUGAAUGCAUUCUGGACAGAUUGGAAGUCGAUUUCGAUAAAAACGACAGCUAAA